AUGCGACCGCUACAGCAAAGAUCUAUGAACUACGGUGAUGCUGCUGCUGCUGCUGAUGAUGAUGAUUCGAAUGGUGAUGAUGCGGAUGAUGAUGAUGAUGACGAUGAUGGUGAUGUUGAUGAUGAUGAUUCUGGUGGUGAUGAUGAUGAUGUUGAUGAUGAUGAUGAUGACGUUGAUGAUGAUUAUUCGGAUGAUGAUGAUGAUAUUGAUGAUGAUGAUGAUGAUGACGUUGAUGAUGAUGAUUCGGAUGAUGAUGAUGAUAUUGAUGAUGAUAAUUCGGAUGGUGAUGAUGAUGAUGACAGUAAUUCAUAUUAUUAUUAUUAUAGAACACAGUUUGGCGAACCAAUUGCUUUUCAUUAA